AUGAGCGGAACAUUUACGACAUGUGCAACAUGCGAGCAAAUCAUUGAAUUCUCUAACGCAGGUACUAGACAAGAUAAUGUCAUAUUAGGAACUGUUUCCUCACUUAUCGACACGGAAUGUCCUCACCGAAGAUGGAUCACAAAAUUCGACCCAGAUGGCGCCGCGAUUCAAAACUUCUCCGAGUUCAAAAUUAGCAUGUUCAAAAGGGCAUCGUCCAUAGUGCUUAGAUCGAGUCGAGAUGGGACAGGUUCAUUAGGACGUCGCUUUGAAUUUGUUCAUGAGAAGAAUGAUGGAUAUCCAAAUUCGAGACGUGCACGUAUUCUUGAUCCUAUCUGGAUUGAUGAGGGGAUUAUUCUGAAUUGGAAAGAUUUGUGUAAUAAGCAUCAUGGAGCUGCAUGUGAUGAUCCCGAGAAAUUCAAACGUAUGGACGCAAUCCAGCCGACGUGGCUGAUUGAUACUGUGGCUGGAUGUCUUGUGCCUGGCCGUGAGCAUUCAAGGUUUGUUACAUUAAGCUAUAUCCGGGGGCAAAUUGUGCCUUUCUACAGCGAGAAAAGUAACAUCGAUCGGCUCCAAGAAUUAGGGGUUCUAUCAAAAGGAUCUGUAGCAGAUAAGUUACCCAUGACGAUCAAAAAUGCUAUUGAUGUUGUUCGGCUAAUUGGAGAGCGAUACUUAUGGGUCGAUACAUUAUGUAUCGUUCAAGACGACGCAGAAGCUUUGCAAACCGAGAUGAAUUCCAUGGCUAGAAUAUACACUACUUCUUGUAUCACAAUCGUAGCUACUGAUGGCAUCGACGCCAACUAUGGACUUCGAGGAUUCAAGGGAUUUACUCCUCAACGAAACUUCAAACAAAGCGUAAUGUCUAUGGGAUCUCCAGUAAAGUUGAUCAACCCCAGAAGCAGAAAUGAAAAACACAAUACUUUAUAUCACUCGCGCGCUUGGACUUACCAAGAAAAUCUUUUCGCCAAACGACGUCUUUUCUUCGAAAAUGGAACUGUCUAUUGGGAAUGUAGCAGGUCUAGUUGGGAAGAAGAAUUAUUACCUGAUCUACCACCAUUCAAGCUGCGAUCAGUUGACCCACUAGAACCUCCAGAGUUGUUCACGACUUCCAGUUUUCCAGAUAUGAAGAACAUGAAUUGUCUAUUACGGGAGUUCAAUCAAAAAGUUCUCACAUUCCCUAAUGAUGCCUUAGCGGCCUUUUCUGGUAUACAGUGGGGACUCAGUCAGAUAUUCGAGGGCGGUUUAUUAUAUGGUAUCCCUGAACUCUUCUUUGAGAUUGGGUUGAUGUGGAACCCAAUUGGUGUUGGAGAAAGACGGCAUUCAACCGAGAAAGAGAUAUUACAACUCCCAAGCUGGUCAUUCCUUGGAUGGCAAGUAGGCGCAAGUUUUGCAGACGACGGUGAAUUUGAAGCUACCUCGUGGUUCAGAGCCGAAUAUUUGAAAGGUGUCUAUAAACCUAUUACCACAUGGUACACAAUGAACCAUUCCAAAUCAACAAAUAGACGAAAAAUUGCAUCGACGUGGUACAAGUACAAAGUUCUAGCCGAAAACACCACACAAACGCCUCUCAAAGGAUGGAUGCGCAUGCCAUUCGGUUGGAAUAGUGGAUAUCCUAUGCAUCUCAACACAUUUGCGUAUUCGGGUGACGGGCAAGAAUAUGCCUAUUGGCAAUCAAACUCUCCUGAUAGAUGGUACAAAUAUCCGGUUCCGGUUCUAGACUCGAAAAAACAGUACCCUGUACAGCUGCAGACGCAAUUUCUCUACUGUCAGACCUCGAGAGCAUUCAUACAUGGCAUCACAGAUAUUUCUACAAUAGCAGAAAAGCGGUCUUCAUCUUCGUCUGAACUCAAAGAUAAUGAAAAUUUCACAAACAUCAAGCUUCAAGAUUUGAAUGGAGAAGUCGUCGGUUUCCUAACGCUUAUGUGUGAAAGAGAUAGAGCUCAUUUUACGCAAAACGCAACGACUGGGGCUCUCGUUGAACUUGUUGCUAUUUCUCAAGGAUGGUUUGGCGUCAACACGAAGAGUGGCGAGGAGGAGAAAGAAAUCAAAGAUUGGUUUCCUGACCACACGAAGCGUCAAGAUUGUUAUCAUGUGUUAUGGGUGGAGUGGGAAAAUGGUAUCGCGUAUCGAAGGGGUAAUGGGUGCGUGAUGAAAGAGGUGUGGGAGAGGAAGCGAGAGAAAGAACUGGUGGAAUUGAUACUAGGAUGA